AUGAUCGCACACCGGCAUUGUAUCGCUGCCACGCGGUCGAGGGCCCGCAUGCGCAAGGCUUGUGACUAUUGUCGCAAGGCCAAAGUGAAAUGCGAAAAAAAUGAGGGCUCGCCUUCCUGCAUCGCCUGUGAGCGGAAUAACACUGCAUGCAUCAUCACAUCCAGCGUGGAUGCUCUCUCAUCGCCCCGCCUUCAGCAUAGCUCGCCGACGACAUACAUUUCAUUCAAGCAGAAGUCAAAGGCUGUUCUGUAUGAUUGGAUCUACGGCAAUGCACCAACUAGCGACCUGCUAAACUACGCGGACUUGUGGAAACAAGCGGUCUCAGGAGUCUAUCGCCGAAAUCUCACCUUCGCCUUGUCUCGUAUCGCACUUCUCGACGACCACACAGACACCUCGAAGGCGUCAACAAAGUUAGCCGGACCGGCGAAUGUGCCUUUUUCUCUUCCCUGGGAGGAUGAGGUGCUCCAGAUACUCCUUACAUUCUCAGAAUGCACCGCCUCCCUUUUCCCUUUAUUCCGCGAGGAGAUAGAUGGAUGGCUUGCGGAAAAGACGUAUCUGCACCCCCGUCUGCCUGAGAAUCCAGCGAACUGGGCAGCCUUGAACGUCUGCCUGGCAAUGGGAUAUUUGUUUCACCACCUGCAAAAUCCAAACUCUCACGAAGACAAUGUUAAAUGCAAGAAGCACCUCCAUAAUGCCCUGGCGACGCUGCCACGUCUUCUUCUAGAGGAUCCUAGCUUGACUGGUAUACAGGCACUCUUAGGCAUGGUCGCCUUACUCAACGGCAGCCUUGAGCUUCCUUCCACUCAUGCCAUUCUGGCGGUUGCAAUCCGACAAGCCCACACCCUUGGCAUUCACCGCGCCGACCAGACCCAGAAUACAGACUCUGAAAGGCGCACCCGGGUCUUUUGGAUGGGUUAUAUCAUGGACAAAAUGUCGUGCUCCCCCCAAGGUCUGAGCCCGCUUGACGAUUACACGAACAACGAUAUCGUGCCUCCUGAUGUUCAAAGGAAUGUCCAGGAACCACAGGGGCCGUCGGAAAUCCAGCAGCCACCCAAUUUUCAGCUUAUAUGCCGGCUAUCGACUAUCAAGGCUCGGAUACUCAGCUCCGUGUACGCAACUGGAGAAGUCGGUAGGAAAGACGAACAUGAUCACCAUCUCGACAAAGUUCCCUCAAUAGAAGAACUUGAGAAGGAACUGAGCGAUUGCGGAGGCUUAAUCUACUCCUGCUCCCGUCGUGAGGUCGAGCUCGAAGCAAUGGAAGCAACUUCGUCAGAUCGACUGGUCACGGUGCUGAUUCUCCUGUCAUACUACCAUUCCAUCAUGAUGCUGUACAAACCAGUGUACCACAAUCUCUCCUCUGACCCCGGGGCAACUAUGCAAGCAAUACAGGUCACAGCCUGUAUCAAUUCUGCUCGUAAAACAGCGCGGUUGGUUCGAUAUUACCCUGUGAAGGUUUCUCUCGGCGUCCGGAGUCUUCUCAAUUAUGUGUUCACCUCGGUUGUGGUUCUUACCAUGCAUCUUGUUGAUGCCCCGUCAGCCUCGACGGCGUGUGACGAUCUGCAGUUACUUCAUGAACUAUGCGCGUUCUUGUCGAAGCUGAUUGAAGCGAGCCAGGGCACGCAUUUGAGAAUGUACUUGGAGACGCUUCUCAGAGCGUGCCACUGCUACCGAGGGCUAGCAGAACGAGCGGUAUUGACGCCUAGUAAAUAG